CCGGAAGUGACGUGAAGGCUGGGCCGGAUGUUACACUGCAAAGCCGCCCCCGUUUCUAUGAGUGAUGGCGGUGGAUGUCCGCUCCAGGGCCAAGCGCUACGAGAAGCUCGACUUUCUGGGAGAGGGACAGUUUGCCACAGUAUAUAAGGCAAAGGACAAGAACACAGACAACAUUGUUGCAAUAAAGAAGAUUAAGGUUGGUCACAGAUCAGAAGCUAAAGAUGGAAUUAAUAGAACAGCUCUUCGAGAAAUCAAGUUACUACAGGAACUCAGCCACCCAAAUAUUAUAGGACUUCUUGAUGCUUUUGGCCACAAGUCCAACAUCAGUCUUGUGUUUGACUUUAUGGAGACUGAUUUAGAGGUAAUAAUAAAAGAUACCAGCCUUGUGCUGACUCCUGCUAACAUAAAAGCAUAUACAUUAAUGACACUCCAGGGUCUUGAAUAUCUUCAUUUACACUGGAUUCUACAUAGGGAUAUGAAGCCCAACAACUUAUUAGUGGAUGAGAAUGGAAUCCUUAAACUUGCUGAUUUUGGUUUGGCCAAGUCAUUUGGAAGUCCCAAUAGAGUGUAUACACAUCAGGUAGUAACAAGAUGGUACAGAUCACCAGAGUUGUUAUUUGGAGCCAGGAUGUAUGGAGUUGGAGUAGAUAUGUGGGCAGUUGGUUGUAUAUUAGCUGAGUUACUACUUAGGACACCGUUUUUACCUGGAGAUUCAGAUCUAGAUCAGCUGACAAAAAUAUUUGAAGCUUUAGGUACUCCAACAGAAGAACAAUGGCCUGGAAUGACCAGCCUUCCAGACUAUAUCUCAUUUAAAAGCUUUCCUGGAACUCCACUUGAGCAUAUAUUCAGUGCUGCUGGGGAUGACCUACUGGAAUUGCUACAAGACUUGUUUACAUUUAAUCCCUGCGCAAGAGUAACAGCUACCCAGGCACUGAAAAAGAGGUAUUUUAGUAACCGUCCUGGACCAACAGCAGGGCCGCAACUGCCCCGACCCAACUGCUCAACGGAAGUCUUAAAAGAGCAAGAGGCUAAGACAGGUUUCAAGCGUAAACGAACUGAAAACAUGGAGCAAGCUGCUGAUACUGGACAGAAAUGGAGCCAACAUAUGUGAUAAAAGUUAAUAUUACAGUUACUUAUUGUAACACAAAGAUUUAGCUGCUGUGUACAAAGUGGAGUUGUGUUCAAGAGUCCCGAUUGUGUACUUAAAUAAUGAUGUCUCAGUAAUUUUUCAAUAAACGUUUAAAAAAAAUGGACAUUUGCUCAUCCUGUUGCAUAUGUUGCAAUCAAAUAACUUUUUAUACAGAUUUUGAAUAGAGAACUCUACUUUUACAUAGCUUAAAAGGCACUUGACUGAUGUGAAUAAUGGCUACUGUGGUAAUAUACUGCAGGAUGUUUGGGGCCUAUAAAACCAUUUCUCACCUUCAAAAGAGAAUUAAAAAUCUUAAGCAUGAACUACCACUAGAGAAGCAUGGUGUUCUGGUGUCUAACUUGUAUACUUGCCUUAGAAAGAUUAAUAUAUAAAGAUCUGUGAUACAUGUAUUGUUUGUAAUAUUUUUCGGUUUGGAUUUCAUUCAAGUGCAAAUCACUCAAUUUCCUAACUCUCAUCUUCAUGGUGCUUUUCAUUCCAACUUAACUUUGACUCCUUUUCAACAUUAUUAAUAAUCUACUUCCCUGUUUCAUUAUUACAUAGAGACCUCUUUUUUCCUCAUCCACUUGUUUCUUGUCUGUCUCCAUCAUUCCUUGGCUCAUUGCUGGAACUCACCUCUGAGUCAGGAGGUGGUGAUUAAGCCCCACUUGAGCAUAAAAUCUAGGCUGGCACUUCAGUGCAAUAAUGAGGGAAUUUUGCACUGUUGUAAGUACUGUCUUUUGUAUCAGACAGCCCCUCAGGUGGCGAUAAAUAUCCAAUGACGCUAUAUGAAGAAAAGGAGAUGAUGUCACCCAGUUUCCUGGGGAACAGUUAUCCCUCAACCAAUGCUUAUUUAUCUCAUUGCUGUUCUUAGGACCUUGCUGUCUGCAAAUUGAUUGGCAUUUAACAGUGACUACAAUUCAAAAGUGUUUCAGUGGUAGCAAAGUGCUUUGGCAUGUUGAGGGCUUGAAAAAUGCUAUAUGGAAGUUUGUUCUUUAUUAUUAAUCAUUCUUUGGGAUGUGGGCAUCUCUAGCAAGGCCAACAUUUAAUGCCCAUUUCUAAUUGCCCUUCAGAAAGUUGAUAUGGCAUUCUUGAGCUGCUUUGGUCCCUGCGACACAGGUGUCCCCAUUAAGCUGUUAGGUACUUGGUUCUAAGAUUUUUACCUAGUGAAAAAUGAAUGUCCAAGUCAGGAUGCAUGUGUCUUGAGGGGACCUUAGAUGUAAUGAUAUUCCCAUGCAUCUGCUGCCCUUCAUCUAGGUGGUGAAAGUCACAGAUUUGGAAAGUGUUGCCCAAGUUGCUUUGGCUACAGUGCAUCCUGUAGAUGGUACACACUGCAGCCAUAGGAUGCUGAUAGUGGAGGAGAGAGUGAAUGUUGAAUAAGGUGCCGAUCAAGCCAGCCGUUUUUCUCUUGCUGGUGUCAAACUUCAUGGCUGUUGUCAGAGCUGCACCUAUUCAGACAAGUGGAGAGUUAUCCUGACUUGAACCUUGAAGGUGGUGGGCCACUGGACCAGGACGCACUUAUGAAUGGUGGAGGAGUCUGGAAUGUGGACUGAUUUGGUAUGAUUCUUGUAAGUAUGUCACUUUCUCAUCUUUAGCUUGACUAGUCUGUGGGACAACUCUCCUAAUUUUGGCACCAGUCUCCCCAGAUGUUAGUGUGGAGGGCUUUGCAGGAUCAAGCAAGCAAGAUUGCAGUGAUCUGUCUAGUUUAAUUCUUGUUUUCCUUUCUAGCAGUUUGAUCUUGCUAGGCCACCAGAGGGCAGUUAAGGGUCAACCACUUUAAUGUGGGCCUGGAAUCACAUGUAAGCCAGACCAGAUAAAUUUGGCAGGUUUCCUUCACUGAAGGACAUCAGUGAACCGGUUGUUUUAUUGGCAACCCAACAACUUGAUAGUCAUUUUAUUUUAAAACUGAAUUCAAAUUCUCCAGCUGCCAUAGUGGGAUUUGAACCUUAUACUCCCUGGAUUAUUAGUUGGCCUCUUUUUUUCCUAGCUGUCUACUACAGUUGUACUAGCUGUGUAUUUUAACUUCUCUUUAUUACCAGCUAUCUUGUGCCUUUGUCAGAAAACCUUUAUUUUCCAUCUUUCUCUCAACAGUUGGCUGCCUCUCAUCUAUUUCCUUCUCUCCCUUAUCUUCUCUGUAGCUGACAAAUGGAAACAGGUCUGAUGCUGAGUACAGGAUUUGACGACCAUUUCACCUGACCUCAGGCCACUAUCAAACAACAACUUGGUCUGUCUCCAUUAUAUCAAAUUUCAAAUGAGCAGUACAAGUAUUUAAAAAAUAUUGUUUUAUAGAAAAGAACACAACCAGCUAACUGUAAGAAAUUAUGCAACUCUGGGCCAAACUAUAGAUACAGUGCACUACGACCUGAUUAUUUUCUACAAUUUUGCUGAAUAUUGAAAAGCUGAAUCAAUACAAAAACCAUUUUUCUUAAAAUGCUGUAUAAAAUUCUAGUUUUAUUUCUGAUGGCUCUUAAAAUUUUAUUUUAUGGUCUUUUGUUGGAUUUUUCCAAUGUCUUUAUUUUGUGUAUGUGUUACUUCGUGCUGGCUAACGGAAGUGGUCCUCACCUCUAAAUCUGGAUACUUUGUCAUGUUGUGCUCCAUCCAGUUUUAGUCCAGCACCUUGGUAUUGUAGGGAUUGAAAGAUGUGCUGAAACCUCUUGGUACUGAGAAACAUUCUUACUACUUCAGCAGGUGGGUUUUCAUGAAGUUCAAUUCUCCAGAACUGAAACUUGAAUUAAUUCAAGGAAAAAGUGAAAAAUGAGGAAUUUUCUAAAGGAAAAGCCAUAAAUAGAUUGCCAAUGGAAAAAUGCAAAAAAAAAUCAACUCGUACAUUUUUAUUACAAAUGUAUUUCUACCUCAUGAGUAAUAUUGCUAUACAAACAUUGAUAAUUCCAUGUGCAGUGUUCGAUUUGAAUAAAUGUUAUGUU